UUCGCGGGAUAAUUUACUUCAUCAUGGAUGCCUCGAUGAAUACACAAAUUUUGAUAUUCGUGUGCAUUUUAUUCCUUAUCGAGGAACGAUUCCGUCAUCUCUGCUCAAUGAUAGAAUUCUCUAAGGUUGACAAGAUAAUAGAGGCGCAUCGAUCAAUUAGGCAUUCGAUGUUACAACAGAUAUGGUGGCUUCAUUGUUCUCUAGCGAACGCGACCGAAAUAAUUAAUUCCGUAUACGCGAUCCAGUUGUUGUUUUGGAUCUCGACUAUGUCGUUCAACCUGAUGUCGAGGAUUUAUUCGUUGAAAGUGUUCAAAUUAUCGGAUUACGGGAAGAUCAGGGAAUCAAUGCUGGUGACUGAUUGCGCGUGGAACCUCGUAUUGAUUACCACCGUGUGUCACAUGACAGCUCAUCAGGCGAAUCGUGUCGGCAAGCUUAUUUUCUCACCUUACUCUUCCGUUUCUCUGAAAUCGAAUUUACAUUUACAGGAAAAUAUAGAAGCAGCGGCUUACUUUCAACUAAGGAAAGUACACAUUUUUACCGUUGCUGGUUUAAUACGCGUCGAUCUUCCUCUUCUGCUUUCGAUAUUCUCAGCGAUAACAACGUACUUGGUGAUCCUUACUUAA